GUAACAACAGGUGAAUUGGGCUUUUUAUUCUACCCUUUCGCGCCCCUUGAAGCAGCCUGACACGGUCGGGGGUGGUCGGCGCGAGGAGGGGUCCCGAGUCCGGCUAGCGGCCUGGCAGAGAGUGGGAAGGAGGAGCUGGCGAGCCCGAGGAGCAGGCCGGGCAUCCUAGGCCUGCCCGGGAAGCCGGCCGGGCCGAGCCGUGGGCAGCCAGGCCUCGGCCUGCCGUUGCCAUGGAGCCGGGGCGGGGCGGGGGCCAGACCGGUCCGCCGGGGCGGGCCUCACUGCCAGGGGCUCAGCGGAGGCCGAGAGAGGCGGCUUCAUUGGCUCGACGACGCCUUCGCCUCAGGGGAUGCUCGGUUUUCCCCAGGCUGGGCCCGGAGGAAGUCUCCGGAGUGCCCGAGACCUUUGUCUGCCCCUCCUCCCACUGUGCGGGUCAGGACCGUUCCUCUAAAGGGAGGCCUUGGUGCAUUUUUGACUCUUCUGGUUUGCCUCCUUUUGCACCGACCUUGUCAGUGGGGGAGGCUAAGGGGUGAGGUGUUCUUUGUUUGCUGGUAGUGACUUGUCCCAUUUUGCAGGGGAAGACCUAAUGCAUGGUGGGUCCUUUGUUUGCAGUGAAGUGGAGUUCCCAGGGGUCUUCAGAAUCCUCAAGCCAAGAGUACAGCGUCUAUGUGCUUUCUAGAUAGUCCUUGUGAGGCCCAGCCUCGUGAUGAGGAAUAGCAAGGAGAGAAUUCAGCUCCAGUUUAAAAGCCUGCAAAAUCAGAGCCCCUCCCUGCUUUUAUAAGAUGAAGACAGGAAAAGACUGUGGUAUAUGAAACUUUGUUGACAAGAGAGGAUCCAGAGACUUUAAAAGCAAAACUCUGCUGGGCAUGGUGACUCCUGUCUGUAAUUCCAGCACUUGGCAGCCCAAGUCUUUGCAGAUUCUUGAACCAGGAAUAGUAAUCAACACUCAUGGCCUUUUGACCCUCCUUCUCAGGAUUCCAGCUUUCUCUCCUGGCCAGAAAUGUUCAGCUUGGACUCAUUCAGAAAAGAUCGGACCCAGCACAGGCAGCGUCAAUGCAAGCUUCCCCCACCCCGUCUUCCACCCAUGUGUGUCAACCCUGCCCCUGGAGGGACCAUCACUCGAGGCUGAACGUUAACAUUUCCAACAUGGCAGCUUCUAGGGACCUAUUAAAAGAGUUUCCGCAGCCUAAAAACCUUCUCAACAGCGUGAUUGGAAGAGCCCUUGGCAUCUCACAUGCAAAAGACAAGUUAGUCUAUGUGCACACGAAUGGACCGAAGAAAAAGAAAGUCACCCUGCACAUAAAGUGGCCCAAGAGCGUGGAGGUGGAAGGCUAUGGCAGCAAGAAGAUUGAUGCUGAGCGUCAGGCUGCAGCAGCUGCCUGCCAACUCUUCAAGGGCUGGGGUCUGCUGGGACCACGGAAUGAGCUGUUUGAUGCAGCUAAAUACCGAGUGCUAGCUGAUCGUUUUGGGUCUCCAGCUGACAGCUGGUGGCGCCCAGAACCCACCAUGCCUCCAACUUCCUGGCGGCAGCUGAAUCCUGAGAACAUUCGGCCAGGGGGUCCUGCAGGACUAUCCCGAUCCUUAGGCCGAGAGGAAGAGGAAGAUGAGGAGGAAGAGCUAGAAGAGGGGACCAUUGAUGUGACAGAGUUUCUGUCUAUGACCCAGCAAGACUCCCACAACCCACUCAGGGACUCAAGGGGGGGCUCCUUUGAAAUGACAGAUGAUGACAGUGCUAUCAGAGCUCUGACCCAGUUUCCACUUCCCAAGAACCUCCUGGCCAAAGUGAUUCAGAUUGCAACCUCCUCCUCCACAGCUAAGAAUCUCAUGCAGUUCCAUACUGUGGGUACCAAGACCAAGCUGGCUACACUCACUCUGCUCUGGCCCUGUCCCAUGACCUUUGUUGCCAAAGGGCGACGCAAAGCUGAGGCUGAGAAUAAGGCAGCAGCCUUGGCUUGCAAGAAACUGAAGAGCCUUGGCCUUGUGGACAGGAACAAUGAGCCGCUUACCCAUGCCAUGUACAACCUGGCCUCCCUGCGUGAGUUGGGUGAGACCCAGCGCCGGCCAUGUACCAUCCAGGUGCCUGAGCCCAUCCUUCGCAAGAUAGAGGCCUUCCUGAGUCAUUACCCGGUGGACAGCUCAUGGAUUUCCCCAGAACUCCGACUGCAGAGUGAUGACAUCUUGCCCUUAGGCAAGGACUCAGGGCCCUUGAGUGACCCUAUCACAGGCAAGCCAUACAUGCCCCUGUCAGAAGCAGAGGAGGUGCGCUUAAGCCAGAGCCUGCUAGAGCUGUGGCGGAGGAGAGGGCCGAUCUGGCAGGAGGCCCCGCAGCUACCUGUAGACCCUCAUCGGGACACUAUCCUCAGUGCCAUUGAACAACACCCAGUGGUAGUCAUCUCUGGGGACACAGGCUGUGGGAAGACCACACGUAUCCCUCAGCUGCUAUUGGAGCGCUAUGUGACUGAGGGUCGAGGUGCCCGCUGCAAUGUGAUCAUCACACAACCUCGCCGGAUCUCAGCUGUGUCUGUGGCACAGCGGGUCAGCCAUGAACUGGGCCCCUCCUUGCGCCGGAAUGUGGGCUUCCAGGUACGCUUGGAAAGUAAGCCCCCAGCCCGAGGUGGGGCGCUGCUCUUCUGCACUGUGGGUAUCCUGCUUCGGAAGCUGCAGAGCAACCCCAGCCUGGAGGGUGUGAGCCAUGUCAUUGUGGAUGAGGUCCAUGAGCGGGAUGUGAACACAGACUUCCUGCUGAUUCUGCUCAAGGGCCUGCAGCGGCUCAACCCAGCUCUUCGGCUGGUGCUCAUGAGUGCUACAGGAGAUAAUGAGCGCUUUUCCCGAUACUUUGGGGGCUGCCCUGUUAUCAAGGUACCUGGCUUCAUGUAUCCCGUCAAGGAACACUACCUGGAGGACAUCUUGGCCAAGCUGGGUAAACAUCAGUACCCACACCGGCAUCGGCACCAUGAGUCGGAAGAUGAAUGUGCACUUGAUUUGGACCUUGUGACUGACCUGGUUCUGCAUAUCGAUGCCCGUGGGGAACCAGGUGGGAUCCUGUGCUUUCUACCUGGCUGGCAAGAAAUCAAAGGAGUGCAACAACGGCUCCAGGAGGCCCUGGGCAUGCAUGAAAGCAAGUACCUCAUCUUACCAGUGCACUCCAAUAUCCCCAUGAUGGACCAGAAGGCCAUAUUCCAACAGCCUCCACUUGGGGUACGCAAGAUUGUAUUGGCCACCAACAUUGCUGAAACCUCCAUCACAGUUAACGACAUUGUACAUGUCGUGGACAGCGGUCUGCACAAGGAGGAACGCUAUGACCUGAAGACCAAGGUGUCCUGCCUGGAGACUGUGUGGGUGUCGAGAGCAAAUGUCAUUCAGCGCCGGGGCAGGGCAGGCCGCUGCCAGUCAGGUUUUGCCUACCACUUGUUCCCGAGGAGCCGGCUGGAGAAAAUGGUUCCUUUCCAAGUGCCAGAGAUCCUGCGCACACCUCUUGAGAACCUGGUGCUGCAAGCCAAAAUCCAUAUGCCUGAGAAGACGGCAGUGGAGUUCCUCUCUAAGGCUGUGGACAGUCCAAAUAUCAAGGCAGUGGAUGAGGCCGUGAUCCUGCUCCAGGAGAUUGGGGUGCUGGACCAGCGGGAGUAUCUGACCACCUUGGGACAGCGCCUGGCCCACAUCUCUACUGACCCCCGACUGGCCAAGGCCAUAGUGUUGGCUGCCAUCUUCCGUUGCCUGCACCCACUGCUGGUGGUUGUUUCCUGCCUUACCCGGGACCCCUUCAGCAGCAGUUUGCAGAACCGGGCAGAAGUAGACAAGGUGAAGGCAUUGCUGAGCCAUGACAGUGGCAGUGACCAUUUGGCCUUCGUGCGGGCUGUGGCUGGCUGGGAGGAGGUACUGCGCUGGCAGGACCGUACCUCCAGGGAAAACUACCUGGAAGAAAACCUUCUGUAUGCCCCCAGCUUGCGCUUCAUCCACGGGCUCAUCAAGCAGUUCUCAGAGAACAUUUAUGAGGCUUUCCUAGUGGGGAAGCCCUCUGACUGCACACUGCCCUCUGCUCAGUGCAAUGAGUACAGCGAGGAAGAGGAGCUGGUGAAGGGUGUGCUGAUGGCUGGCCUCUACCCCAACCUCAUCCAGGUGAGACAAGGUAAGGUUACUCGGCAAGGCAAGUUCAAACCCAACAGUGUCACUUACAGGACCAAAUCUGGCAACAUCUUGCUGCAUAAGUCAACCAUUAACAGGGAGGCUACCCGGUUACGGAGCCGAUGGCUGACAUAUUUCAUGGCCGUCAAGUCCAAUGGUAGCGUCUUUGUUCGAGAUUCCUCCCAGGUGCACCCACUAGCUGUGUUGCUCCUAACAGAUGGGGACGUGCACAUCCGAGAUGAUGGGCGUCGGGCCACCAUCUCAUUGAGUGACAGCGACCUGCUUCGGCUGGAAGGUGAUUCACGAACUGUGCGGUUGCUAAGGGAGUUUCGUCGAGCCCUAGGACGGAUGGUGGAGCGGAGCCUCCGCAGCGAGUUAGCUGCACUUCCUCUUAGUGUGCAGCAAGAACACGGGCAGCUGCUUGCACUGCUGGCAGAGUUGCUUCGAGGACCUUGUGGCAGCUUUGAUAUGCGCAAGACAGCUGAUGACUGAGCCUCUCUUCCGCUGGGGCUAUGUACAGAGUGCAAAUGUUUAUUUAAAAUAAAGUUAUAUUUAUCCCUUGUGA